AUGACUGAAGCAUUAGCAAAAGAUUAUGCAGCUUAUCUUAACUUAGAUUUGACAUGUAACUUACAAACAGUACAAGAUGUAAUUGAUAAUAUGAUCACUAGACUUGAAGAACUGACAAGUGUUUUGCACAUGAUAAAAACAAAAAAUAAUGAUUGCUGUUCAACAGUAACAUCUGAUAUAAGUGCCUACAGAAAUGAAAUCACGGUACUGACAAAGAAAAUACUAACAUUGAGUGAAGUUAUAUCUAAACUACAAACAAACAUAGAAAUUCUAGAACAGAAAGUGGAAAAAGCAGAAGCUGACUUUGAAAUCAAAUAUGAAAAUAAGUUAAAAAGUCUGUUUAGGCCAUUUCUUAAAAGAAAUAAAGAUGUAUUACCAGAAUCAUCAGUAUCUAUUGAGAACUUAGAAAUUUCCAGCAUAACGGAGUAUUUUGAAAAUAAUAAUAGAUGA